UCGAAGAGAAGAAGAAACGAAGAAGAGGUUUUCUAGAGAUUCCCAAAGUGGCCAACGAUGGCGAACACGAGGGCCUCUUCCUCCUCUUUGGAUCCCCUUUGUUCCCGAUUUCUCUCUCCUUCUCCGAUCUCCGUGUAUGUCUUGCUCCUCCUCGUCUUCUCCACCGUCGUCGUCUUCUUUUCUCAUCGCCAGAUCGCCCAAGUUAGCCACCAGCCGUUUGUCUCUGAACUGCCUCCCGUGCUUGAAGAUAAGCAUUUGUGGGAUUCUUCUCAUGGCUAUGGUUACAAGCAAUGUAUCAAACCUACUCAUAGAUAUAAACCUCCUCAAGACGUGAAUCGCUAUCUUACUGUUAGAAGUAAUGGAGGACUCAACCAAAUGCGCACUGGAAUAUGUGAUAUGGUUGCUGUAGCUCGCAUAAUGAAUGCAACACUUGUAAUUCCUGAAUUGGAUAAGCGGUCUUUUUGGCAAGACUCAAGCACCUUUUCAGACAUCUUUGAUGAAAAUCAUUUCAUCAAUGCCUUGCAAGGAGACAUUCAUAUUGUUCGGGAGUUGCCUAAGGAGUUGGCAUCACUUCCAAGGGCCCGCAAGCACUUCACUUCAUGGGCAAGUGCAAGCUAUUACGAGGAGGUGUCACAUCUGUUCAAGGAUUAUAAGGUAAUUCAUGUGCCAAAGUCUGACUCAAGACUAGCAAACAAUGACCUUCCUAUUGACAUUCAAAGGUUGCGGUGCCGUGCUUUAUAUCAUGCACUCCAGUUUUCAGCUCCAAUUCAGGACCUGGGGAAGAAGCUUGUGGAGCGGCUGAAAUCACACGGACGAUAUAUCGCGCUGCAUCUUCGCUAUGAGAAAGAUAUGCUUUCUUUUACUGGAUGUACUUAUGGCCUCAACGAUUCCGAAGCUGAAAUGCUGACUGCUUUGAGGGAGAAUACGAAACAUUGGAAAUUAAAGAAAAUAAACUCAACCGAACAGAGAAUAGGAGGCUUUUGUCCUUUGACCCCCAAAGAGGUUGGGAUCUUUUUGCAAGCUUUGGGAUACCCUCCAGCCACCUAUAUCUAUAUAGCGGCGGGUGAAAUAUUCGGUGGAGACACUUAUCUCUCAGACUUGCGAUCUCGCUUCCCUAACUUGGUUUUCAAGGAGACAUUAGCGACAGCAGAAGUUGAAAAAUUUGUCAGUCAUGCAUCUCAGGCUGCGGCUAUUGAUUAUAUAAUAUCAGUCGAAAGUGAUGUAUUUGUUCCAUCGUAUACCGGCAACAUGGCAAGAGCUGUUGAGGGACAUCGGAGAUAUCUCGAUCACCGGAAGACAAUCAACCCAGAUAGGAAAGGAUUAGUGGAACUCUUUGACAAGAUGGAAAAUGGAGAGCUGAAAGAAAGUUCGACUUUAUCGCCACUUGUAACUCGAAUGCAUAAAUCAAGACAAGGAUCUCCAAGGAAACGAUAUGGUUCUCUACCAGGAAUGAAAGGAAGAAACCGUCUUAGGACUGAAGAAUCUUUCUAUGAAAAUCCACUUCCCGAAUGCAUUUGCCGUAAUUGAAAGCACUGAUUCUACUGAACUUUGGUAUUUUUUUUAGUGUUGCAAUUGUUUCAUAUGAUUCUUUUCAAUGAAGCAUCUGUUGCCAAAACUUUGACAUCUCAAACAAGCAAAUAUAUUUUAUAUGCGAAAUUACAAGAGUUACUGAGAAAUCCACAACUUAUUUCGAUUA